GCCGUCGGCAGCUGAAGCCAAUCUGAUCACGCCGCGAGCCAAGCUAUAUUUUGCUGGUAGGCUUCGCGGAGAUGGCCGCAGACGAUGGCGGCACGGACUCUUCCUACUCUCCGGCGGCGGUGAUGGCCGCCUCCGCCGGCCUCGCGCUGGUGGUGGCGGCGAUCUUCUGGCACCUGGCCGUUGGCGGCGGCGGCAAGCAGAAGCGGCGGCGGCCGCCGGUGGUCGGCACGGUGUUCCACCAGCUGUACCACGUCCGGCGGCUGCACGACUACCACACGGCGCUGUCCCGCGAGCACAUGACCUUCCGGCUGCUCGUGCCGGCCGCCGGCCGCGGCCAGAUUUACACGUGCGACCCCGCCGUCGUGGAGCACAUCCUCAAGACCAACUUCGCCAACUACGGCAAGGGCCCGUUUAACUCCGGGAACAUGAGGGACCUGUUCGGCGAUGGCAUCUUCGCCGUCGACGGCGACAAGUGGAGGCAGCAGAGGAAGAUCGCCAGCCACGACUUCUCCACGAGGGCCCUCCGCGACUUCAGCGGCGACGUCUUCAAGAGGAACGCCGCCAAGCUCGCCGGCGUCGUCUCCAGCCAAGCCGCGUCGAGCCAGUCCAUGGACUUGCAGGGUUUGCUGAUGCGAGCAACGAUGGACUCCAUCUUCACCAUCGCCUUCGGCCAAGACCUCAACACGCUGGACGGCUCCGUCGACGAGGGGAGCCGCUUCGCCGCGGCGUUCGACGACGCCAGCGAGUUCACCAUGCUCCGCUACAUCAACCCGUUCUGGAAGCUGGCGAGCCUCCUCAACGUCGGCGCCGAGGCGAAGCUCAGGGAGAGGAUCAAGGUCGUCGACGGGUUCGUGUACGAGCUCAUCCGUGACACGUCCGACGAGCUCUCCAACGCCAAAGCACACGACCCUGACUCGAGGCAGGACAUCUUGUCAAGAUUCAUCCAGGCAACAACCAGCGAUUCUGGGACGGUUGAUUACAAGUACCUGAGAGACAUCAUACUGAACAUAGUCAUAGCCGGCAAGGACACCACAGCGGGGUCGCUUGCUUGGUUCCUGUACAUGGUGUGCAAGCACCCGGAAGCCCAGGAAAAGAUCUGCCGCGAAGCCGGAGAGGCCACCGGCGCCGGCGAGGCCGCCACCAUCGACGAGUUCUCACGUAGCCUGACCGACGAAGCGCUGAACAAGAUGCACUACCUGCACGCUGCUCUGACGGAGACGCUCCGGCUGUACCCUGCUGUCCCACUGAAUAACAAGCAGUGCCUCUCAGACGACGUGCUGCCCAACGGCUUCAACGUCAGCAAGGGGGAUAUCGUGUUCUACAUCCCCUACGCCAUGGGCCGGAUGGAGCCCCUGUGGGGCAAUGACGCUGAAGCUUUCCGGCCUGAACGGUGGCUCGAUGAAAACGGCGUCUUUCAGCAGGAAAGCCCGUUCAAAUUUACAGCAUUCCAGGCCGGCCCAAGAAUCUGCCUCGGGAAGGAUUUCGCGUACAGGCAGAUGAAGAUCUUCGCUGCUGUGCUGCUCCGAUUUUUCGUGUUCAAGCUGCACAGCGAGGAGGAGAUCGUCAGCUACAGGACCAGGCUUACACUCGCUAUCGAUCAGGGUCUCCAUCUGAAGGCUACGGCGAGAUGAGUGCAGACUACAGCCUGGGCAUGCAUAAAUAGCAGCUGGCCCCUGAACGUGCGAGUGACUUCUGAAAUGCAUAGCAGCCAAAACCUCUUUUUUCUUUUGUCUUAUCGCGCUAAUAAUCCGAAUUGCACCCUAGAAUAAGAGUUGUACUCUCAUCUUUCCUUUUAUACCGCGAGAUACUAACAUCCCCACUCGUACUAUUCACUCCACGACCAAGAUAGUAUCUCGAGGUACCAUGCAAUCGUGACCGUUCGAUCUACUAUCACCAACAAUCGAGAUUUUAGUACCACUUGAUCGUGUGGUGGAUAGCACAAGUGAGGAUUUUAGUAUCUCACGGUACUAGUACCUCGUGGUACAAAAGUAAGGACGGUAUAAAAGUAAGGAUGGAAGUAAAGCUCGCAAGGUAAUGGUCGACUGAUUGGAAGCCUCAAAACGUGAACUUCUUCACAUUUCCAAAUUAAGAGUUUUACUUUCAUCCUUACUUUUGUAUUUCGAAGUACAGGUGUCUCGCGGUGCCAAAUCGUUUCUGAUCGUUAGAUCCAACAAUGCAUAUCCUACUUAGCUAGAUUCAAUGGUGAGAAACGAUUUGGUACCUCGAGGUACAAAAGGAAGAAUGGGAGUAAAACUCCCAAAUUAAACCUAUCGAAAGAUCGAGUACCAAUCUCACGUCAUAAACUAAAUCCCACGAUGAAUAAGAUGUGUGACGAAAGAGAUUUGCUCGGUCCAACAAAAAGUAUUUUGAGGUACCUGUACCUUGAGAAACCAAAUCGUUUCCCACCGUUGAAUUUAGCUGUUAGAUCCAACUAUCAGAAACGAUUUGGUAACUCGAGGUAUUUUUUAUUAAUUUUUGUUGGACUUAAAUAAAUCUCGGGACGAAAGGCACAGUCAUCGGAUGGUUUGCUAUAUUGAUAUAGAGAUGUUUAAAGGCAUUGAAAUGACCAGAUGUAUAUUAAAAC